AUGAGCGAAACCAAGGUCGUCAAGACGCUCACGAUGGGCAAGGGCAUAACGCUGAAGCUCAUCUUCGAUCCAACGCAGCCGGAGGACUCCCUCGCCCGCUGGACGACAGAGGGCACCGCCGAGGGCCGCCCCGGCGACGACCUGUUCGAGGUGCCCGCCCACUGGCACAGGUACCACUCCGAGGAGAUGCACGUGCGCGAGGGCCGCCUGCGCAUCACCAUCGACGGCGCCGAGCGCGUCGCCUCGGCGGGCGAGACGGUCCGCAUCCCCGCGGGGGCGGUGCAUUCUAUGAAGAGUAUCCCCGGGGAGAGGGUCGUCGUGCGGGAGAGCGCGGACCCGCCGGGGGAUUAUAAGCACCUGUUCUUUGCCGACCUGCUUUCUCAGAGCUGGCCCGCUGGGUUCUGGCAUACCAUGCGGACGUUUUAUGAUGGGGAUGCGUACCCGGCGCUGGGGCUUUAUUUCAAGGUUUUUGACGUUGCGUUUGUCACUUUGUUUGGGGGCAUUGCGAAGCUCUUGGGGGGGAAGCGACAGGUGAAGCUGGAGUAG